GGCCCAAAUUUUAGGUUCAACCUAUUCACCGCAAGCUAUAACGUUUGGAAGAACUGAAUGAAAGUCUUAGACUGGAAGAAAAAGGCACCGAUUGACAUCUUCAGUUUCUCUUGUCAACCGCGUAAGACAGAGAGAGCAAUAGAAGGGUAAAGGAAGGAGGAAAAUCAGUUUAACUUUAUCAGUGGGAUCUGCUUUCAGAAUCAAAGUUGCAGGUAUUUUUGGAGGGUGUCAGGAUCAAGGACUGUCACUCAGCCACACACCAGAGAGAAUAAUAGUGGGAUACACUCUAAGGCUCGAAAGAACGCACGAUGGAUCGCAAAAUCCCCGAUUUUGCUGGUACCUGGAAAAUGAAAAGCUCCGAGAACUUCGAGGAGCUGCUCAAAGCACUGGGUGUGAACGUGAUGCUGCGUAAGAUUGCGGUCGCAGCAGCGUCAAAGCCAUCCGUGGAGAUUACCCAGGAUGGAGAGACACUCUCAAUCAAGACCUCCACCUCUGUGAGGACCACCCAUGUCAACUUCACAGUUGGACAUGAGUUUAAUGAGGCCACUGUGGAUGGACGUCCCUGCACGAGCUUUCCUCGCUGGGAAACAGACAGCAAGAUUAGUUGUGAACAGACUUUGCAGAAGGGCGAGGGUCCAAAAACCUCAUGGACCAGGGAGAUAACUAAUGACGGCGAACUGAUUCUGACCAUGACCGCAGACGAUGUGGUGUGCACAAGAGUUUAUAUCAGAGAGUGAAAGUAUGAGGAAAAAGGAAGAAUAUCCAUCCAGAUCACUCUCUUUCCUCAUUAACCACAUUGACUGUGAUUUUAUAUCAUCUAUUUCCUUUCUUCCUCAUCUCUUCUUUCAUGCUUUUUUGUUGACAAUGUAUUUGAAUAAUACAUCAGAGAGCCAUGCAAAUAAUUCAUGUGAGGUUCCAGAAAUCCAAGCAAUUUAAUUGGGCCCUGAUUGGUCAUUUAACAAAUACAUCAUUUGGGCUCAAAAGCACUUUUGAGGGUUGGUCUCCACAUAGAUGAAGACCUGGAAAGCUUGGAAAUCAGCCUUUGGUAAUACAGUCCAUAAUCACCACUGGAAAAAUAUUAUUAGAAAAGGUGCAGUUACAUUUAUCGUAGUUCGCAAAACUUUUGCAAACAAAAUCCAGACAGCUACACGAUUGAGGAUUCACAGCAUUAAACAAUGGAAAGGAGCUUGGUUUGAAAGUGAAUUGUGUGAGCUAUGACAACAGACAAUGGAUGUUUUUUGCCUGCAAAAGUAUGUGAAUGUAACCGCACCUUAAGAAUUACGUCAAUGUACGGUAUGCCUUCGGAAAAUGAUAUGUUUGUAGUUUAGUCCAUCAGUUUUUUUUAUUUUUAUCUCCUCAGUUGACCCUUUGCUAAGCUCCGUCUUAAAAUGUUACUGACCAAUCCUACUUUAGCAACUGUUGCCAUCCUCCAUUUUCUUAAACAGGCUUUUGGUCUCUAACACUAUGGAGAAUCUGUGUGUUUGGAUAGUUUUUAAAUUCAAUUUUUCAUUGUGAGAUGUUUUAGCCUCUAUUCUGAUGUGCUGUUGCCAAAGUUUACAUGUUACAGCAUAAUUUAACAAUUUGUUUAAAGAAAAAUGGCUGAUAAAAUGCUUUUCAUCUUCAAUUCAUUCCAGCAUUCCAGCCUGUUUAAGGACAAAAUCCAAUCAAUAUUCAAUCAACAUUUCACUCAAAAUCCUGCCGUUCAUGGAAAUCUCCAAUUCAUUCCUAUGUGACGUUCUGUAAAUCUUGUCUGAAUAAGCAACAGUUCCAAAGGGUCAAUUCUGAUUAGAAACCUCUGAAUCUUCAAUCCCAGUCUUCUCUUUUCCUCCUUAAUUUUUGUAUAUAUUUUAAAAAAACCUGAAUCUGAAGUUUCAUCAAAAACACUUUUUUUUAUAUAUAUAAACAAUUUCAGCAAUCAUUACAUAUUUCUGUGCAUGAACAAUAAAGAUUACUGCCAAGAGUA